AUGGGGUUCAUCUCCCCGACCAAAUCCUCGUGGGAGCUCUCAGGCGAGCUGGUGCCGGACGACGCCAUUAUCACCACCCACCCCACUCUACCGCCCCCCACCGCACUGCAAACCAUCCCACCUUGCAGCCAUGGGCCAUGGGGUUCAUCUCCCCGACCAACUCCUCCACCCACCCCUCUCUACCACUCCCCACCGCACUGCGCCCCUCCCCGCCUUGCAGCCAUGGGGCUCUCAGGCGAGCUGGUGCCGGACGACGCCACCAUUGAAGACAUUGACGCCACUGAGUCCAUGGGGUUCAUCUCCCCCACCAACUCCUCAACGGAUCUCUCAGGCGAGCUGGUGCCGGACGACGCCACCAUUGAAGACAUCGACGCCACUGAGUGUGUCAGGCGCUGCCCAUGCUUAACCACCCUCCACCGCACUCCACCCCUCCCUACCGCACCCCACCAUACCCCACCACACUCAGCCAUGGGUUUUAUUUCCCCCACCAACUCCUCGUGGGAGCUCACGGGCGAGCUGGUACCAGAUGACGCCAUCAUUGAAGACAUCGACGCCACUGAGUGCGUGUGCCGCUGCCCGUGCUUAACCGCCCUCCACCGCACUGCACUGCACCCAACCCCAUCCCACCUUGCAGCCAUGGGGUUCAUCUCGCCCACCAACUCCUCGUGGGACCUCACGGGCGAGCUAGUACCGGACGACGCCAUCAUUGAAGACAUCGACGCCACCGAGUGUGUGCACCGCUGCCAGACGUACCCCGGGCCGUGCGUCACAGCGCAAUACGUGCCCGGCAUGCAGCGGUGUGUGCUCAAGAAGGAAUACGGCACGGCAGUGAGCACGAUGCCGGGGUUCCUGGCUUUUGUGAAGAAGUGCGCCGUGGACAACGGGGGGUGUGGGCAGCACCUGUGCCAGCAGGGGCAGCCCAACACGUGCAUCGACCCUAAAGAGUACGGGUUUCAGUUCAAGGACAAGGACACGGAUUACACGGGCCCGGAGGUGGGCGGGGGGGAGGGGCUGGACUCGGCUGCGUGUGUGCAGCGCUGCCAGAAGAACGAUAAGUGUGUGCUGGCUCAGUCCGACCCCAGGCGCCUCAAGUGCUGGCUCAAGGGCGAGGGGUUCAGCGACUAUGGGAGCCAGCUCAAAGGCAGGUACAACUUUGAUCGGCCCGCGAAAGGGGUGCGGGGGAGGAGGGGAGCGGGUUUGGUUCUGCUGCUGGUUGUGGCUGCGGUGAUUCUGUUGUGA